CUUCCCAGGACAGCAGGAUCAGGUUAUGCACCUGCAUUCAUAGGAAUUUUCAGCUGUUACAACACAAUAAACCCAGACAUGACAGUUUCUUACACCCUUGAAGUGGCCGAUGCACGAUUUUGUGGCUUCUCCAAGCUCCUGUUUAGGUGGAAGGGAAGCAUCUACAGGCUGCUUUACAAAGAUGUUCUGGUGUUCUGUGGGGUUUAUCUGUUUUUCAGUGUGUUUUACAGGUUCAUCCUCACACCAAAGCAGCAGGAUCUGUUUGAGCGUAUCUCCCUUUACUGUGACCAGUUCACCAACACCAACUUCAUCCCAGUUUUGUUUGUACUGGGUUUUUAUGUGACUCUGGCCUUUAACCGAUGGUGGGGUCAGUACACCAGCUUCCCACUGCCUGAUAAUCUAAUGAUGGUGGUGUCCGGGAACGUCCACGGGGCAGACGAGAGGGGUCGUCUGCUGCGACGAACACUCAUGAGAUACGCCAACUUAUCUUCAGUUCUUAUCCUCCGCUCCAUCAGCACAAGAGUUCACAAGCGUUUCCCAACUUUGGAGCACAUAGUGGAGGCUGGAUUUAUGACUACACAGGAGCUGAAAAAGUUUGAGUCGCUACACUCUGAUUUCAACAAGUACUGGAUGCCUUUGACUUGGUUCUCAAACCUGGCGUCCAGAGCGAGAGAGGAGGGUCGAGUGAGGGACGACAUAGCCUUAGGACUGCUGAUGGAUGAGUUGAAUAAGUACAGAGGCAAGUGCAGCCUCCUGUUCCACUAUGACUGGAUAAGCAUCCCUCUGGUCUACACCCAGGUAGUUACUUUAGCAGUUUACUCUUAUUUUGCCUUCUGUGUGAUUGGCCGACAAUUUCUGAACCCUGAGAAAGGAUACAAGGAUCACAAACUGGACAUGUACGUCCCUGUUUUCACCCUGCUGCAGUUCUUCUUCUACACUGGCUGGCUCAAGGUGGGGGAGCUGAUCAUCAACCCAUUCGGCGAGGACGAUGACGACUUUGAAACCAACCAGCUGAUUGACAGAAACAUUCAGGUGUCAAUGCUGGCUGUAGAUGAUAUGUACCAGAACCUGGCUCCAAUUGUAAAAGACAAGCACUGGGCGCAGAGACAUUUCUCCAUCCCUUACACUGUGUCGACAGCAGCAGAGACUCUCAAACAGGCCUUCAAAGGCUCCACUUUUGACAUGAGAAUGAGCGCAGAGGAUCUUGAGAUUCACCAGCCUGCAGACACUCCUGGAAAGAAACAGUAUAUACCUCUUAAGGGCUCUUUGGGCGCUGGGCUCGACAGUCCUCUGCAGAGGGGCAAUGGUAUCCUGCGAGGUGGGAGCCUCCCCUCUCUGAUGGUUGUCUUAUCACACCCAAACGAGAAUGAUGCUGAUGCUUCCCCUGAGGGCGACAUCAACACCACCAACCACAAAGAACAAGAAAUGGCUUUAAUUAAAGUUGCAGUGGAACACAACUAGUGAAAAUGAUUGUGACCAUGGGCAGAUUACGAGACAAUGGGCCCCCGGGCACAGACAUGCAAAAGGUCACAGACACACAGACUUUAUAGUUGUUUAGCCUCUUUUCGUCGUUUUGUGUCUCUUUGUAGUCAUUUUGAGUUUGUUUCUGGUUGGUUGGUAUGUGUCUCUUCUAGUGACAUUUUGCAGGUGAAGGCCAGAUGGGCCCUGGCCCCUGACACUUUGGGCCCCCGGGCCUGUGCCCGGUAGGCCCAUUCAGUAAUCCAUCCAUGGAUGCAACCAUUGCAUGUUUUUGAACUAGGAAUGUUCUUUUAUUGCAUAACAUAUAUUUCAAUUUGUCACAACUCAAUUAAUUUGUGAAAUAAACAUAUUUGGUCCUAAUGUUAUUGUAUGUUUAAAAAUGAAUAUGAUUAUUAAGUGCUAUCAACAAGAAGUUAGAAAUGGCACUGGUAUUUUCUGUGCCAUUUUUUUCCAUGAGCCCUGGGGUCAGCUGAUAAAUAAAAACUAAACCGUUUUAUAAACAGAU